GAAGAAGAAACUAUCAUGUCAUGCGUCAUUCCACUUUUGGACGAGGUUAGAAAAACCAUUCAAGCUUUUCCCACAAUACCUAAACAUCAAUUAGGAGUUAGUAACCGCUAUUUAGGACAACAACUAGAGCUCCUUCCUGCAAAUAAAAUUAUUAAACAAUUUUAUAGACAAUUUAAUUGCUCUAACGUGUUAUUUGUGGAAUCAUCAGCGGCAGACGAUACAACUCUAAAGGAAAAGUCUUUGACAAAAGUACAAGCAACCAAAAGGGAUUCAUCAUUCAAUAGAAAACAAACAUCUUUAUAUCAAGAAGACUACUCGGACGAAGAAAACAACUUUGGUAAAAUGGCUCCUCAUGACAGAACUUAUGGUGCUAACCGUGGUGGACGUGAUGAAGGCGGUUCAGGCGGUGGUAACCGUUAUGGCAACAGAGGAGGUGGUGGUGCUGGUGGCAGCGGUGGCGAUUAUCAUGGCGUACGCAAGGGCCGUGUUGAGAAGGGAGGCCGUGGCAAUGACCGUGGAGGUCGUGGUGGCGGUUUCGGCGGUGGUUUCGGUGGCGGUAACGGUUUCGGUGACCGUCGUGGUGGUGGAGGCGGUAACAGCCAGGAUUUGUCUAUUCGCGAUAUGGAUUUCACAAAUUUGUCUCCAUUCAAGAAGGACUUCUACAAAGAACAUCCCAUUGUUGCAAAUCGCUCACCCUUUGAGGUGCAACGUUAUCGCGACGAACAUGAAAUCACUGUACGCGGUGAAGCCGCCAAUCCCAUUCAAGAUUUCGAUGAAGCCUACUUCCCCGAUUACGUCAUGAAGGAAAUUCAACGUCAGGGCUACAAGGCUCCCACACCAAUUCAAGCUCAAGGCUGGCCCAUUGCUAUGAGUGGCCACAACUUCGUUGGUAUCGCCAAGACCGGUUCUGGCAAGACUUUGGGUUAUAUUUUACCCGCCAUUGUGCACAUCAACAACCAACAGCCCUUGCAAAGAGGUGACGGUCCCAUUGCUCUAGUUUUGGCACCCACUCGUGAAUUGGCCCAACAAAUCCAACAGGUUGCCACCGAGUUUGGCUCAUCUUCGUAUGUGCGCAACACUUGUGUGUUUGGUGGUGCCCCCAAGGGUGGUCAAAUGCGUGAUUUACAACGUGGUUGCGAAAUUGUUAUUGCCACCCCCGGUCGUUUGAUUGAUUUCUUGGCCGCUGGCGCUACAAAUUUGAAACGUUGCACAUAUUUGGUGUUGGAUGAAGCCGAUCGUAUGUUGGACAUGGGUUUCGAACCUCAAAUUCGUAAGAUUAUCUCCCAAAUUCGUCCCGAUCGUCAAACCCUUAUGUGGUCCGCAACCUGGCCCAAAGAAGUCAAACAAUUAGCAGAGGAUUUCCUCGGCGACUACAUUCAAAUCAACAUUGGUUCUUUGGAAUUGUCGGCCAAUCACAAUAUUCGUCAAGUCGUAGAUGUAUGCGAUGAAAAUGACAAAGAAGAGAAACUCAAAUCUCUACUUUCGGAAAUUUAUGAUACCAGCGAAAAUCCUGGUAAAGUUAUUAUUUUUGUUGAAACCAAACGUCGUGUCGAUCAUUUAGUACGUUUCAUACGUAGCUUCGGUGUACGUUGCGGCGCUAUUCACGGUGACAAGUCACAAUCUGAACGUGAUUUCGUUUUACGUGAAUUCCGCUCUGGCAAAUCCAACAUAUUAGUCGCUACUGAUGUAGCUGCUCGUGGUUUAGAGGCCACAAAUGGUUGCAUGGUGGGGAUAAAAUGUCAGCUAGUAAUCUGAAAUUGAAGUAGAAAUGUAAAUGGAAAUUUUGAAUGUAAAAUGAAAAUCAUUGCAAUGUGAAAGUUGCCAAUGAUGUAAUGUUUGUUUAAAGUAAAACGUAAAACAUGAAAAUGAAAGCGGCGGCAAGCGGAUAGGCGGCAACACUUUUUACCACAUGUUCAUUGGAAAAAAGGGUAUGUCGUAAUACCGUAACACCACCGCUACCAAACAGAAUGCUUUUACAUGUCGAUCUAGUAAAAUAUCACAAGGAGGCGGUAUAUUGAAACAAGGCAAGAAAAAAAUGUGGUUACGCUUUUGUAUGAUGGAAUCUCAAAUUAUAGCAGAGGCGUAGCACUACCAUUAUUUUUCAUAUGGAUGCAGUUAGUAAAUCUAAAUCCUACAUACUAAAAUAUACCACCACCUUUAAGAGAUCCGAGUAAUAAUAAUGUCUACCUAACGACUCAUAUCCCUAUCAUCAUCAUGUAUUAUAUUACAAGAGGCCUCUGAAGUCUUGGUUGUUAACACGACCAAAUAGGAGUAUCAAUCAAUCAAUUAUGUUGUAGUAGAACUUUGAAUAUCUAUUAAAAACACAAUACAAUCUUUACCCUGUAUUUUUGGGGACACACGGAACAGCAUUGGAAAGACGGAGUGCAUACCAAUCAACCAGAGAGAAACAAAGAUCUAUUUUAUAAAAGGAAGCUUUUCAAAAUUAGGUUUAUUAUAUAUAAAAAAGAUCAAGAAAACCAUCCUUAACACAUUCUCUCAUGAAACUGGAAAUGCCCUCCGCUUAAAAGUUGGAUAAACAAGCAAACUAAAUGAAAGCACACGCAGGCAAACAGGAAAACCAACAUCCUCCUCCUCUGCUACUCACUCAACUAUGACUCAAUAUGAUGUCUCUAAUGUGUUCUUUGCUUAAGUACUAGAAAGAAAGAAAUAAAAUUAAAAAUCAACAAACUAAAUUUCAAUUUGAAAAGGCUGGAUCAUUAUGCCAACAAUAGUGAUUUGGUGGUUUCUUUUUGGAAGCUCUCUCUCUCUUGCAAGCAAAUUGUAUAAACGUAUGACAGACGUAUAAAAUGGAGUCGUAACAAAUGUUGAAUAGCUGUUGUGUAUGAUGGCAAAUCAAAACCUACAUCAUCAUUUGCUUCCACGUUCUUCAUUCACCACAGUACGUUGUCACCUAAUAACAAAUGAAAGGCGAAAGAAAAACUAACAAAGGACACAUUUUAGUCAGAAACCAGUGAUAGUUUUAAUUUUUAUUCCAAAAAAGUCUACAUGCUUGCGUUAUUUGUGUGUGUGUGUGUGCGUGUACAACCGGAUGGAUGCUCGAGCCUUAGGCGCACUGAACUGCAAAAACAAAUUGGUGCGCUACACUCGUUACUAAUGAUGAAAGUGAUGGCUUUGGCUUCUAAUCAACGUAUACAAACAGACAAAACCCAACUCUCCUGCUGAUCAUGUGUGUCUAGUUCUAAAAACAAACAAACAACACAAAUAUUUGUUGUUGCUUGCGUAGCUAACGUUGUUGAUAAAAGCUAAACCGAGAAAUCAAAACCGACGUUUAGUUUUGUUCUAGAAAGUAAAAUGAAAUGAGAAACAUAAAAAACAUUUAAAUUUGUUUGUAAACUACAGGCUCUUCAACACUACGUCGUCUUAAUGCCCAUUCUACAGCACCUAAACGACGUGGCUGCGAAGAGUUUGCCCCUUCAUUUAAUUGAUACAAAAAUAAAACCGAAAAUCACAAGGUAA